GCCGGCCCCGCCGCCGCCGCCGCCAUGUCGGUGCUGGGCGAGUACGAGCGACACUGCGAUUCCAUCAACUCGGACUUCGGGAGCGAGUCCGGAGGUGGCGGGGACGCGGGCCCGGGGCCCAGCGCCAGCCCGGGGCCGCGGGCCGGCGGCGGCGCGGUGGAGCAGGAGGAGCUGCACUACAUCCCCAUCCGCGUGCUGGGCCGCGGCGCCUUCGGGGAGGCCACGCUGUACCGCCGCACCGAGGAUGACUCAUUGGUUGUGUGGAAGGAAGUUGAUUUGACCCGACUAUCUGAGAAGGAACGUCGUGAUGCUUUGAAUGAGAUUGUUAUUCUGGCGCUGCUGCAGCAUGACAACAUUAUUGCCUACUACAAUCAUUUCAUGGACAAUACCACCCUGCUGAUUGAGCUGGAGUAUUGUAAUGGAGGGAAUCUAUAUGACAAAAUUCUUCGUCAGAAGGACAAACUGUUUGAGGAAGAGAUGGUGGUCUGGUACCUAUUUCAGAUUGUUUCAGCAGUGAGCUGUAUCCAUAAAGCUGGAAUCCUUCAUAGAGAUAUAAAGACGUUAAAUAUUUUUCUGACCAAGGCAAACCUGAUAAAACUUGGAGAUUAUGGCUUAGCAAAGAAACUUAACUCUGAGUAUUCCAUGGCUGAGACGCUUGUGGGAACUCCAUAUUACAUGUCACCAGAGCUCUGCCAAGGAGUAAAAUACAGUUUUAAGUCUGACAUCUGGGCAGUUGGCUGCGUCAUUUUUGAACUGCUUACUCUGAAGAGGACAUUUGAUGCUACAAAUCCACUGAACCUGUGUGUGAAGAUUGUACAAGGAAUCCGGGCCAUGGAAGUUGAUUCUAGCCAGUAUUCUUUAGAAUUGAUCCAAAUGGUCCAUGUGUGCCUUGACCAGGAUCCUGAGCAGAGACCCACUGCAGAUGAACUUCUGGAUCGCCCUCUUCUCAGGAAACGCAGGAGAGAGAUGGAGGAGAAAGUCACACUGCUUAAUGCACCUACGAAGAGACCAAGGUCGAGCACUGUGACUGAAGCGCCCAUUGCUGUGGUAACAUCACGAACCAGUGAAGUCUAUGUUUGGGGUGGCGGAAAAUCAACUCCCCAGAAACUGGAUGUUAUCAAGAGUGGCUGUAGUGCCCGGCAGGUGUGUGCAGGCAACACCCACUUUGCUGUGGUCACAGUGGAGAAGGAACUGUACACCUGGGUGAACAUGCAGGGGGGAACUAAACUCCAUGGUCAGUUGGGCCAUGGAGACAAAGCUUCCUACAGACAGCCAAAGCAUGUGGAAAAGUUGCAAGGCAAAGCUAUCCGCCAGGUGUCAUGUGGUGAUGAUUUCACUGUCUGUGUGACAGAUGAGGGUCAGAUCUAUGCCUUUGGAUCUGAUUACUAUGGCUGCAUGGGGGUGGACAAGGUUGCUGGCCAAGAAGUCCUAGAACCUAUGCAGCUGAAAUUCUUCCUGAACAAUCCAGUGGAGCAGGUCUCCUGUGGAGAUAAUCAUGUGGUGGUUUUGACACGAAACAAGGAAGUCUAUUCUUGGGGCUGUGGGGAAUAUGGACGACUGGGUUUGGAUUCAGAAGAGGAUUAUUACACACCACAAAAGGUGGAUGUUCCCCAGACCUUGAUUAUUGUUGCAGUUCAGUGUGGCUGUGAUGGGACAUUUCUGCUGACCCAGUCAGGAAAAGUGCUGGCCUGUGGACUCAAUGAGUUUAACAAACUGGGUCUGAAUCAAUGUAUGUCUGGAAUCAUCAACCAUGAAGCAUACCAUGAAGUUCCCUACACAACUUCCUUUACCUUGGCCAAGCAGUUGUCCUUCUAUAAGAUCCGGACAGUCGCCCCAGGCAAGACUCACACAGCUGCUAUUGAUGAGCGAGGCCGACUGCUGACCUUUGGCUGCAACAAAUGUGGACAGCUGGGCGUUGGAAAUUAUAAGAAGCGUCUAGGAAUUAACUUAUUGGGGGGACCCCUAGGAGGGAAGCAGGUGAUCAGGGUCUCCUGUGGGGAUGAAUUUACCAUUGCUGCCACUGACGAUAAUCACAUUUUUGCCUGGGGCAAUGGUGGUAAUGGUCGCCUGGCAAUGACCCCCACGGAGAGACCACAUGGCUCUGAUAUCUGUACCUCGUGGCCUCGGCCUAUUUUUGGAUCUCUGCAUCACGUCCCGGACCUAUCUUGCCGUGGCUGGCACACCAUUCUCAUUGUUGAGAAAGUGUUGAAUUCUAAGACCAUCCGUUCCAAUAGCAGCAGCUUAUCCAUCAGAACUGUAGUUCAGAGCUCUGGCCCAGGAGGCGGAGGUGGCGGCGGUGGCGGUGGUGGAGGUGAAGAGGAAGACAGUCAGCAGGAAUCUGAAACUCCUGAUCCAAGUGGAGGCUUCCGAGGAACAAUGGAAGCAGACCGAGGAAUGGAAGGCUUAGUCAGUCCCACAGAAGCCAUAGGGAUCAGUAGUGGGGCCAGCAGUUCCUGUCCUGGCUGGCUUCGAAAGGAGCUGGAAAAUGCAGAAUUCAUCCCCAUGCCUGACAGCCCAUCUCCCUUAAGUGCAGCUUUUUCAGAAUCUGAGAAAGACACUCUGCCCUAUGAAGAGCUACAAGGACUCAAAGUGGCCUCGGAAACUCCUCCGGAACACAAGCCCCCAGGAGGAGCCUGGCCACCUCGGCUAACUCCUGCAGGAACGUGUGCUGGGAAGGGAACACAGCUGACUCCUACCUGUGCAUGCAGCGCGCUGCAGGUGGAAGUUGAGAGACUGCAGGGUCUGGUGUUGAAGUGUCUGGCUGAACAACAGAAGCUACAGCAAGAAAACCUCCAGAUUUUUACCCAACUACAGAAGCUGAACAAGAAAUUAGAAGGAGGGCAACAGGUGGGGAUGCAUUCCAAAGGAACGCAGACAGCAAAGGAAGAGAUGGAAAUGGAUCCAAAGCCUGACUUAGAUUCAGAUUCCUGGUGCCUUCUGGGAACAGACUCCUGUCGACCCAGCCUCUAGUCUCCUGAGACUGUAUAACCUCCAGGAAACUGGGAUCCAAAGAACUUCACAGCACACUUACUGAAUGCAGAGAGCGCUUUCCUGGCUUCGUUCACUUGCAGACAAGGAGCGCAAGGCGGAGGCUCUGAAGCACUUUCCAUGGACACUUGGAGAGUGGCAUUGCCUUUUAGAUAGGAUCUAGGAGUGGUUUUGUUUUGGAAAAUGGAAGGGCCUGUGGCCCUGGCUUUGUCCUCAGUGACUGCCAUAGCAACAGCAGCGCAGUACCUCAUCUGGUGAUCCCACCUUUGAAGAGGAAACACAAUGCUCACCUUAAUUUUGCUGGUAGCAGCUUAUAUCCCAUUUAUCAUUUUCACCAUUAAUUGGUAGCUGCCUUGGGAGUUCAACAGGCAUUGCACCUCUGGGUGGAGGAGGGAAAAGUGUAAAGCUGGAGUGAGCUGGAACCAAGCCUGGCCCUUCAAGGGUCAUCUGGAGAGGGGUGAGGUGUUGUGAGCUCUCUCCAAAGCCCUGAGUUGAGGAAAAUAUGUCUGGGGAGUCACUCUAGGGCUUGUUUUCAGAAAGUUCAAUUCCUUCGUGCAGCUCAAUGCUUUAGGAGGAAAAGUGGGCUUAGAUUGCUUUUCCUCUGAGGGUUGAUUGAAAUUUCUUCAGUGAGGAAUAGAGAAAGAAGGGCAGGUCCCUCCGCAUCACACAGCUGGAGUUUCAGGUUGCGACUGAUGCCGGGUGGAUUUCCCAGCUUUGGAAGAUGCCUCUCAGAGUGAGGUGUCGCAUAGAGAAUUGAGGUCAGUGGGGCAGUGGGAAUGGCCUUAAGAGAAAAUUGUGAGGGAGAGGAGGUCUUCCUUUAGCUACCUCUGCUUGGUAUCUUCAAGAGGCCUAGAGAGACUGAGUCUCCUGCUCAUAAGAGAACUGCUUGUGCCUCUGCCUUCAUGACUCUUAGGGUCCUAAUCUUGACAUCAGCAGCCCCAACCACUCCCUUUCCGUAUGUCUAGUCAGUAUUUUUCCCCUUUUGAUGUUUUAUGAAGCCUUAUCAGUGAAUCUGUAUCAUCUUUCCUGUUUGAGUGGCCCGAAGCCAGCACCAAACCCUGGUAGUCCCUGAAGCCUAACAGAACAGUAGAACCUGCCAAGUAAAAGGAAUUUGGCUAAGAGCUCCCUUUUAUUCCCAUAUUCAUUGUGGCCUUGUAGACAGAGGCAAGUUAGCUUUCCCGAAGAGAGUAAUAGUAUCCUAGAGCUCGACGACGUCGCAAAGUUCUAGGCGAGCGUUUUACUUCAGGAUGUUAGCUUAGCCGCUCAUCUCGCCUUAGGAGAUGUUCCUCUAGCGUCGUGGGUCCUAGGAGCUGCUUUGAUGAGUCUCACAUCCAGCCUCCCCUACAAACAGCUUAAUUCAUUUUCAUUUCUUCCAAACCAAAAGAUUCAUGUUUGGCAAUCUGCUUAAUAUGUUGGAAGUGCCUGAGCAGGGGGCUCUAGCCAUCUCCCUAGAACUGGUGUAAAGGCUGUACCGGGGGACACCCCGGGGCUGGGGAUGGGCAACUCUGUUCAAUGGGACCGCCGUUGGUGUGAUGUUCCCAUUGUUUUCUCGAUUCUGGGAAGCCUAGUACCAUGGUACUAAUGUAGUCCCUGAAGCCUUUUCUUGAGAUAAGGGAAGGGGCCGACAGAAACCCUGGAUUAAAGUUUUAAGUUCUGGGGACUUGGGGGUUUGCUAGAAACCCUAACACUGGGACUUGGUUCAUCAUGUAAAUGCAGCUUUAAUUUUUUUAAGGACUGACUGGCCUUUCAUAGUCCUGUGUCCCUUGCGCUCACCAUCUCAGCAGGCCUGAGAGGCAGGGUCCGUGUGGGUGUUCUGCGUGAGAUUUGCUUCUGCUGUGGACUGAGGAGCGCAGGCAUGUUGCUGAAACAGUGGGAUGAGAGUGAGAGCCUGCUCUCGUUCCAGAUGGGAGUUGUUCUCUAGCAUAUUCCCUUGGGAAGGCUAGGUUUGCUAUUAAUCUGGCUGAGAAUCUAAGUUCUGUGCCUUAGAGACAAUUUGCACUUUCCCAAAUCGUGCCUGGGACAGCCAUUUUAUUUUCUCCCACCAAACAGCUAUGCAAACAGAAACCAGUUCAAAGGUGGCAGCCUUGCAGUAGAUGGAAUGGUUUUCUGUAGCUAAUGCCCUUAAAUUUUGUCCUUCUUUUUGCAGUACUAGGUGGUUUAAGUUUUCCAGUAGUAUUACUUUUGAGUUAUAGUAUAACCUGAGUUACUCCUCUGCUCUGACAUUGUUGCUGAAUAACUAGUUUAUUGUUAGCCAGAUGUUUGAAAGGUUGAGGGUGGAGUGGUUUGGCGUUUCUGUUUUAAAUAAACAUUUAAACUUUUAAUCAGUGCUGUGCCUCAGUAAGCCCACGCAUGGACCUUAGUAACUGAGGGUAAAACACCCAAUUCUAGGCCUUUGUGGAUCUUUGAUUCGAUGAGUCUUCAUAUAAACAAAUAAAUGGCCUUGUGACAGAAACAACACAAGACAUUUGCACAGAAAUAAAUCUUUGCUUUUUUCUGAUUUCUUGCUAACAGAAUUGUUUCUGCUGCUACCUUUCCUGUCCCCCCCCUCCAAAAAAAAAUUAAAAUACUGUGCUCAGAAUACAGAGGGAGAAAAAUUGAGCCAUUAAGAAAGGAAGGAGGAUCUCUUCUUGUAUUCAUCUCCUCAUCUCAGUGGGCCUUUUCAAGUGAUAAUGCCAGUUUAUAUUUAUAAAACUGUUUUCCCUUAAAGAGGCUGAACUGUAUUGGGUCGCCCGGGCAUAGCACAGCCAAGUCAGAACUUCUCUUGGCUAAACAUUUCACUAAAGUUUAAAGCAAAAGCAGCCCUAAACCUCACAUUUCAGUGGGUCUCCCAUAUAUUUGGAAACAUUCAUAAUACAAAGGACAACUUUGGAGUGAGGAUGUAUUGUAAAUAAAUUCAUUCAAAUGAGUAUCCCUGGGCCUCCAAAGAAGUAUUAUUCAUGAUAGUGUCAGGGCAGAGUGGGGUGUAUGUAGUCAGGGCUGUAAAACAUGCUCCUUGUUGCAAAGCCAAAAA